CUCAGUCUCCAGCUCUUCUCUCCCUCUCACUCUCUCUCCCUCUCUCUCUCUCUAUCGGGCGGAGUCGCCCACCACUGCCAAUCCAGUGCUGGGGGAACCUGCUCUAGGCUGUAGCUGCAGGACCCUGUCCCCCUCCAUGGCUCCCCUGGCCUUGGUGGGGUUUGCACUCCUGCUGGGGACUCCGCCAUGCUCAGGGGCGGCCACCCCGACCCCCUCCCUGCCACCGCCCCCGGCCAAUGACAGCGAUGCCAGCAGUGCAGGGGGCUGCCAGGGCUCCAACCGCUGCCAGCCGGGGGUCCUGCUGCCCGUCUGGGAGCCCGAUGACCCGUCGCUGGGGGACAAAGCAGCCCGGGCUGUGGUCUACUUUGUGGCCAUGGUCUACAUGUUCCUGGGCGUGUCCAUCAUCGCCGACCGCUUCAUGGCCUCCAUCGAGGUCAUCACGUCCAAGGAGAAGGAGAUCACCAUCACCAAGGCCAACGGCGAGACCAGCGUGGGCACCGUCCGCAUUUGGAACGAGACAGUGUCCAACCUCACCCUCAUGGCCCUCGGCUCCUCGGCCCCAGAGAUCCUGCUGUCCGUCAUUGAGGUCUGCGGCCACAACUUCCAGGCGGGCGAGCUGGGCCCCGGCACCAUCGUGGGCAGCGCUGCCUUCAACAUGUUUGUGGUCAUUGCCGUGUGCAUCUAUGUCAUCCCAGCCGGCGAGAGCCGCAAGAUCAAGCACCUGAGGGUCUUCUUUGUCACCGCCUCUUGGAGCAUCUUCGCCUAUGUCUGGCUUUAUCUCAUCCUGGCUGUCUUUUCCCCAGGUGUGGUCCAGGUGUGGGAGGCACUGCUGACCCUCGUCUUCUUCCCGGUGUGCGUGGUGUUCGCCUGGAUGGCCGACAAGCGGCUGCUCUUCUACAAGUACGUGUACAAGCGCUACCGCACCGACCCGCGCAGCGGCAUCAUCAUCGGCGCCGAGGGCGACCCCCCCAAGAGCAUCGAGCUGGACGGCACGUUCGUGGGCGCCGAGGUGCCGGGCGAGGUGGGCGGCCUGGGCCCGGGCCCCGCCGAGGCCCGCGAGCUGGACGCCAGCCGCCGCGAGGUCAUCCAGAUCCUCAAGGACUUGAAGCAGAAGCACCCGGACAAGGAGCUGGAGCAGCUGGUGGGCAUCGCUAACUACUACGCGCUGCUCCACCAGCAGAAGAGCCGCGCCUUCUACCGUAUCCAGGCCACGCGGCUGAUGACCGGCGCGGGCAACGUGCUGCGGCGGCACGCGGUGGACGCCUCGCGCAGGGCCACCGCGGCCGACGGCCCCGGCGAGGACGAGGACGACGGCGCCAGCCGCAUCUUCUUCGAGCCCAGCCUGUACCACUGCCUGGAGAACUGCGGCUCCGUGCUGCUGUCCGUCACCUGCCAGGGCGGCGAGGGCAACAGCACCUUCUACGUGGACUACCGCACGGAGGACGGCUCCGCCAAGGCCGGCUCGGACUACGAGUACAGCGAGGGCACGCUGGUGUUCAAGCCGGGCGAGACGCAGAAGGAGCUGCGCAUCGGUAUCAUCGACGACGACAUCUUCGAGGAGGACGAGCACUUCUUCGUGCGGCUGCUGAAUCUGCGCGUGGGCGACGCGCAGGGCAUGUUCGAGCCUGACGGCGGCGGGCGGCCCAAGGGGCGGCUGGUGUCGCCGCUGCUGGCCACCGUCACCAUCCUGGACGACGACCACGCGGGCAUCUUCUCCUUCCAGGACCGCCUGCUGCACGUGAGCGAGUGUAUGGGCACCGUGGACGUGCGCGUCGUGCGCAGCUCGGGCGCGCGCGGCACCGUGCGCCUCCCCUACCGCACGGUGGACGGCACGGCGCGCGGCGGCGGCGUGCACUACGAGGACGCGUGCGGCGAGCUCGAGUUCGGGGACGACGAGACCAUGAAAACUCUUCAGGUGAAGAUAGUUGAUGACGAGGAAUAUGAGAAAAAGGAUAAUUUCUUCAUUGAGCUGGGCCAGCCACAGUGGCUUAAACGAGGGAUUUCAGCUCUGCUACUCAACCAAGGGGACGGGGACAGGAAACUGACGGCCGAGGAGGAAGAGGCUCGGAGGAUAGCAGAAAUGGGCAAGCCGGUUCUCGGGGAAAACUGUCGACUGGAAGUCAUCAUUGAGGAGUCAUAUGAUUUUAAGAAUACGGUGGAUAAACUCAUCAAGAAAACGAACUUGGCUUUGGUGAUUGGGACUCACUCGUGGAGAGAGCAGUUUUUAGAGGCAAUUACGGUGAGCGCAGGGGACGAGGAGGAGGAGGAGGACGGGUCCCGGGAGGAGCGGCUGCCGUCCUGCUUUGACUACGUCAUGCACUUCCUGACGGUGUUCUGGAAGGUUCUGUUUGCCUGCGUGCCCCCCACCGAGUACUGCCACGGCUGGGCCUGCUUCGGUGUCUGCAUCCUGGUCAUUGGGCUGCUCACCGCCCUCAUCGGGGACCUCGCCUCCCACUUCGGCUGCACCGUUGGCCUCAAGGACUCUGUCAACGCUGUUGUCUUCGUGGCCCUGGGCACCUCCAUCCCCGACACGUUCGCCAGCAAGGUGGCGGCGCUGCAGGACCAGUGUGCCGACGCGUCCAUUGGCAACGUGACGGGCUCCAACGCCGUGAACGUGUUCCUGGGCCUGGGCGUGGCCUGGUCGGUGGCCGCCGUGUACUGGGCGGUGCAGGGCCGCCCCUUCGAGGUGCGCACUGGCACGCUGGCCUUCUCCGUCACGCUCUUCACCGUCUUCGCCUUCGUGGGCAUCGCUGUGCUGCUCUACCGCCGCCGGCCGCACAUCGGCGGCGAGCUGGGCGGCCCGCGCGGCCCCAAGCUCGCCACCACCGCGCUGUUCCUGGGCCUCUGGUUCCUCUACAUCCUCUUCGCCAGCCUCGAAGCUUACUGCCACAUCCGGGGCUUCUAGGGCCCUCCGCAGGGACUCGGCCUCUAGCCUCGAGACCGCUGCAUCCGUGCUGGACUGCAUCCUCUUUGUCCCCCGGAGAUGCAACCUCCUCUCCGGGGACUCGGUCGCCUGUUCCCCAGGGACGUGAUCGACCCCCCCCCCCACCCCACCGGCCUCACCCAGUCCUCCGUCCCCACUAACAGCCUUCAGUCUUCUUAUCCGGAGCCUCCCCAGGUCCUCCUACAAAGAACAGCUCCUGCAGUUACCUGCAACUCUUGCCCUUUUCCCUGUUAGUUACUGGCUUUGUUCCUGGAGAUAUUUCCACCUCGAGGCCCCUCCCCCGAGAACCAUCCCCCAUCUGUGACCCUCUCCAUCUCUCUCCUGAGACUGCCAGCCUUGCUCCAUCCCAUAAACCCCCGGUCCUCAAAAGGAACACCCCCACCUCCUUCCAGGAACCUGUGCCCCAGGACCUCAGAACUUAGCCCUCCCUGAGGGGCCCAUGAAGGAGGCCGAUCCAUCCCAGGAUGUCAUGGAUCUCAGCCCUUCCCCCAAACCUCAGGGAGCUCCAUCGGCCUCCGGGGGUAGGGGGACAGGUGGGUGCAUGCAGGGGGGAGGGGACACACCUCCCUCCUCCCCCACCUCCGAUUUCUCCACUCAGGCCCUUGGGAGGACGCUAAUUCUCGAGGCUUGGAGAAUGGAGGGAAGGGGAGACGUUUGGGGUUUCAGAGCUGGAGGAGGCACACUUUGGACCCGUAACUUCUCACAUUCCAGAGCCCCCACUUGCCUCCACUACCUCUGAGAGCCCAGCCAUGCC